AUGGCAUCAUCGCCGCCGGCGUCGCCUCUUCAUAUGCGAGACCGACCUCUCAGCGCCGUCGUGAGACCAGGUCCAAGGAGUGCCAGCAGAUUGAGCAUGAGCAGCAAAGCUGGUGUUGCUAGCAGGGCCUCGGAUGACGAGAGCCGCACAGCUGUCAAAGUUGCCGUGCGAGUACGACCGCCGUUGAAACCCGACGACCCAGGUUAUGAUCUCAUCCCACAACGCUUCCAGCGCUCCAUGGUCCACACCACGUCCGACACCAGCCUGGCCAUAGACUCCCCUCAAGGCAGGAAGAUAUUCGUUUUUGAUCGCGUAUUCAGCCCCGAAGUGAUGCAACAUGGGAUUUGGGACUACUUGGCCGACUCAGUCAACGCCUUUACGCAGGGCUACAAUGUUUCGCUUCUGGCUUAUGGACAGUCUGGAGCUGGAAAGUCAUACACCAUGGGCACCUCCAACCCAGGUGAAUACCAAGACGAAUCAAUGAUUGGCGUGCUUCCCCGGGCAGCCACUGCUCUGUUCCAGAAACUUGAUGUGUCCAACGCCGGAGGCAGCAGCGCCUCAUCCAGCAGACAAUCCAUUUCCAGUCUGCGGAGCCCGCGCUCCUACAACAACCAUCAGAACCUUCUUGGCGACCGCAAUUGGUCGUUGAAAGCGACGUAUGUGGAAAUUUACAACGAGCAGCUGCGCGAUUUACUUGUGCCCGAGUCGACUCCCGCCGGUGAGCGAACCAAUAUCGCCAUUCGAGAAGACACCAAGGGCAACAUCAUUCUCACCGGCCUACGACAAGUCGACAUUGGUUCCGUUGAGGAUCUCAUGAACGCCCUCAACUUUGGUUCCAGCAUCCGCCAAACCGACGCAACCGCAAUCAACGCCAAGUCUUCUCGCUCCCACGCCGUCUUCUCCUUGAACUUGGUGCAGCGCAAGAGCAAGCUUCAGACGGCAACUGGCGCAGAGAAACGAGCGUCAAUGCCCCUGGAGGCCAUGAGUGGUCAGGAUUUGGUAAUUACGACGGACAGCAAACUACAUUUUGUUGAUCUUGCCGGAAGCGAGCGACUCAAAAACACUGGUGCGCACGGAGAACGAGCCAAGGAAGGCAUCUCCAUCAAUGCCGGUCUGGCAUCGCUGGGCAAAGUCAUUAGCCAGCUAUCCUCGCGUCAAUCUGGCUCACACGUAUCGUACCGCGACUCCAAGCUGACACGCCUUCUGCAAGACUCCCUCGGUGGCAAUGCCAUCACCUACAUGAUUGCGUGUGUCACCCCUGCCGAGUUCCACCUAAGCGAGACCUUGAACACGGUGCAAUAUGCACAGCGUGCUAGGGCAAUUCAGUCCAAGCCGCGAAUCCAGCAGGUCGAUGAUGGGGACAGCAGGGCCCUGAUCGAGCGACUGCGAGCAGAGGUGUCCUUCCUGCGAGAUCAGAUUCGAAGCUCACAUGGCGGCGACGACAAUCCACGUCGAGGCAAUGCCGCGCCGAAUGAGCGGUCUGACAGAUCAGGCGAGCGGGAAGCAGAACUUCAGAAUCAACUGCUGGAUUCCCAAGAAAAUUACAGUGCUUUAAGCCAGCGACAUGCCAAACUGAUUGCCGAGCUUGCGAGGGCGCGAGAACACGAAAAAGAGCAGGCGGGCCAGAGUGGUGCAAACUCAGCCGACGAUCGGCUCAACCGAUCCAAUUCGUUUGCGCAGGCGGUCGAACAGGUUGUCCUCGAGUACGAGAAGACCAUUCAGAGUUUGGGACAGUCUUUGUCCAGCACCCGAUCCACACUCUCCAACACCGAGACAUCGCUGCUGGAGAAGGAAACAAAAUGCGCAUAUGUGGACACCAUCAACAGCCAGCUACAGGCUCGUCUUCAGAAACUCAUGGACAGGGAGGCAAGCACUGAAAACUACCUCCACGACCUCGAAGUCAAGCUGGAUGGUCAUACUAGCGGUGAAGAAAAGAAUGCUACGAUUAUAUUGGAACUCCGCAAAGAGAUUGCGCGAGUCCGAGAGAAUGAUGCCGCCUGCGAAGAUUAUAUCUCCACGCUCGAGGAGCGUCUGGCCGAAGCAGAUCAGGACACCGAACUAAUGCAGCGUGAGAUUGAUCGUUUGGAGUCAGUGGUGGAGCGCCAGCGCAGCCUGGGGAAGUUGGAUGCCCUCCUCUAUGAGCUCGAUCACGUCGACCCGGACAAGGCUGAAGGACCAGAGCCGACCAUGAUGAAUGAGGCAAAUCACAGCCGUCGAUAUACUGACCACUCGCGAAGCCAGUCACAUGUCAGCCGCAGGAGUCAGCUUGAUGGGCCAAUACCGGAAGAGAAUGGUGAGCAUGCACAUGAUGCCGGCUCUAAGAACCACGUCCUGGAUGUCGCAGACGGAGAGGUCAUCUCGGAUGUCGACCAAGACAAUGCGGCGCGGCGUGGCGUCGAAGGGGAAGCCAAGGAACUGACAAAUAGAAACGCAAUUCGAAACGCCAAGCAGAGCAAGUACGUUGCCGACAAACGGGAAGCCGUCACACAAGAACUCCUUGAUCUCCGCGUUGAGCAUGAGGCCGCCAUCCAGGAUUAUGACCAACUUCAGGCCAAGUACGAAGAAACCCUUCGAUCGCUGUCUGAGUUGCAAGACGCGGUUGAUGAGGCACGGCAUCCCGAGCGGCCCAGAGUCCGCGAUUCUGCAGUCUUUGCGUCGGCCCUGCCGAAAACGCGUCCUGAUUCAUUUACGUCGGACGGUAAAUCGGUCGACUUGAAAGAUGAACCUCGGUCAUCCAUGUCAAGGUCCCUGUCGUCGGAGCUGUCCUCGGCAAUGGAGUCGCCGGCCACCAUGGACACUUCGGCUGCUGACUUGACUUCAGAAGCUGACACGGCGACCACCAAGCCUGCAGUUUCGAGUGAAGAUCUAGUUCAACGAGCAGGAAAUCAACAGCUGACUGCAGAAAUCGAGAGACUACGCAAGCUGGCGGAGGAAAAGGAAGUCGCUGAGAAGACCCUUGCCGAGAAGUAUGCUGAACUAGAAUCUACGCACAACGAGACGCUGGAUGUGGUGGAAGAACUGAAGACCGAGGUUUCCAAGGCACGUGCCGUCGAGGCAACGUCACCGAGAACCACUACCCCCGUCAUUCGUCGCAAAUCUAGUCAAAACCUCCUGGCUAUCGAUCGUGCCCAUCGCUGCUUUGCCUCGCUCCGCAACAUUGCCUCGGAGAACUUUGAGAAUCAACCUGAAGUUAUGCAGAGCUUCGAGCUCAAUCUGAAUUCCGCCAUGCAUGAACUCCACUCCCGAAGUGAACGCAUCCUAGAGUUGGAGGCGGACAUUGCGUCGGUCAAGAAGGAGAUGGAGACUAAGAUGACCAUCAUCUCGGGAUUGACACGCGAAAGAUCAAGCUUAAAGGCCAGCCCGAUGGACAUGUCCAUGGUUGCAAAUUUGCGUGAUCAGCUCGAGAGAAAUGAAAAACAAAUGUCCCAGAUUCGGGAGGCGCAUGAGUCGCGAGAGAAGGAGUUGACUUUGCAGCUAGAUGAGUUGCGUGGUUCUUUCCAGACUGCGCCAGCCACCCCUACGACCGGCGAAGUUGUUGAUGCCGACAUUGACGAUUCUGCAAAGCAAAGAGAGCAACGAAUUUCGGAACUUGAGUCAGAACUAUCCGAAUGGGAGGAGAAGCACAGGCUGGUCAUGGACGCCGCAGAAAAGACGGAGGCCGAUCUGCGGGCCAACAUGACGAAACUUGAAGCACGACUCGCUUCGUCAGAGAAUAAGGUCAACGAGUCCAUGGCCAGUGAGAAGACGGCGAAUGGAGUCUCAGUCAAAGACACGGAACAAAGGGACAGGAAACUGAUAGACUUUUUGCGCACCGAAAUUGACGAGUACAAGGCCAUCAUUAACAUCAAUUCUACCAAGAUUGCGGAGUUGGCACGUGAGCAUGCGGAUGCCCAGGCUGAUGUGGAGGAACUGAGAAAAUCUCACAAGGCCGCCGUGGAGGAGCUUGAGCGGCACCGAGAGCUGGUUGCAUCCCUUGAGAGCCAGGUCGCCAGUCACUCUGAGGCGGCCAGAUCGCAUCAAGAAGCCCUGGAGCUUGCCAGAGACAGACACGCGAAGGAGAUGUCGGACCUCAAGUCGCAUGAGCAGACGAGCUACGAGGAACAGGCCGAGGUUCUUUUGCAAGAGCAUACCGAUUCCAUGCACAAGCUCGAAGAGGAACUAUCAGGGGCCAGAGACGAGCUCACCAAGAUUGCCACCCAGGUGGCGACUGGUAUGGGCGUCGACGUUACCAUAGAGCUGCUCUCGGAAAGAAUCGACCAGCUUCUGUCGUCUCAGAAGACACUCUCGGAAGAGCAACAAAAGACUGAGGAAAUGAAGAAGCAAGUCGCUGAACUCACCUCUAUCAGCGAGAAUGCCCUUGGCGAUAUCAAGGCCGCCAAGUCUUGCUUGGCAGAGAUGCUUUCAGAAGGUGGCGGCGCCGUUCCCACAUCCGUUGUCGAACAGCUCGAUGCUGUGAAGACGAAGCUUGCGGACCUGGAAGAUCGCAACAAGAAGAACAGCCGCCUUGUCGAGGAACUCGAGGAACAGCUGCAGAACAACUUUGACGAAGCGCAAAUGACCAACAACCGGCUGAGCACGCUGCAGACGGAGCGCAACGUGCAGCUCGAAGAGGCCACGGCGGCCCGGGCUAAACUUCAAAGCGACUUGGAUAGCAUCCAGGAGGAGUACGCAGCGCUGCAGACCAAAUACCAAGAACUCUCCAACAGGGGCGAAGUCAAGCGGUCCAACUCCAACUCGACAAUCCGCAAGAGCGCCUCCCACACGACGCUGCCAUCUCCGCCGCCCGCCAUCCCUCUGCCACCGCUGCCCAACGUUGCGGCUAGAGGCGGGUCUCCGACCAACAGCGGCGUGCCCAGCUCGCCGACGCCUGGACGGCCUGUCAGCAAGGACAAUGUGAACAUUUCGCAGCUGACGGAAGACCCGGAAGCUCGGAUCAGAACCAUCGAGAAGCACCUCUACGCGGAGCGACAAUUGACGCAGACGCUCGAGGAGGCACUCACCGACCUCGAGAAGCAGUCGAAGAAGGUCAAGGCGGACUGCGAGACGUGGAAGAAGCGCUCGCAGGAGCUGGAGGCCGAACUCAGGGAGCUCAAGGAACGACAGGCGGAGCCGCCACGAGACAACCGGUGGAGCAUGCAGGCGGUCGAGGAGGAGCGAAAGAAGCGACAGGCGGCCGAGUUGGCUAGAAAACAGCUCGAGGAAAGGAUGAAUGCCAUUAACAAGGGCAAGAAGAAGAAGGGUAGUCUGAACUGCUUCUAG